AUGUCAACUUCCAUCAAUAGUACGGGUGGUAAACAGCCAUAUAUAGAUAUUGGCUCCUCCUCCUCCAACUCAUCUUCUAGUAGAGCAAUCGACACGAUGAGCGCAAUGUCGAACAUUCGCGCCAGAAUGGGUGGUCGACAAUCAAAUGUAAGCAACCGGUCCUCUUCUAAUUCUACAUCUAGACCUACGACAGGUGGAACGAGCAGCAACAGCAGAGCCAUAAUGCAAGCCAGAAUGGCUAGCAAUCACCCAUAUGGAAGCGUUGGCCCCUCCUCCAGAACCGCAUACGCAACUAACGGGCCGUCGAGCCAUCAUCCAGCAUUGGUUAGUAGCAUGAAUGGCUUGAACAUCAAUUCUCCUUCCAGCUAUCAUCGUGGCGGUACCGCUGGUGGUCUGACUUCACCAAGUCUCAGUCCCAUUUCAACAAGACACGGGUUCGCUGGUAGGCCAGGGACGAGGUGUGGGAGCCUUCCUAGUAGAGAUUAUGAGGGUACUAGUUACAACUUUCUCGAUCAUCUGCGUUCUGAAAUGAUCAAGCUACACGUCGGAAAAGGCGAAGACAAACGCACAUUCGCAGUGCACAAGAAACCACUUUGCGCCAAAAGCCCCUACUUCACCAAAAUGUUCAAUAUUGGAAUGAUUGAGACGUACACUGGAGAAGUAAACAUUCCUGAAGAAACCCCGAACACUGUCAGUGCAUUGCUAGAUAUGACAAUCUACCACGAGGGAAUCACAAGCCUUACUGGGCCACCCGAUGAGACUAACGACUUCACCAUGCGCUGGGACCCCGUAGCAGUCUACGCCUUAGCUAUGAUGUGGAUGCUUCCUGCAGAAAUUCUCAAUAGUAUCAUGGACCAAAUCAUCCGGCAUCAUUACAAAGCAGAGGAGCUGCCUUCGCUUGACUUCGUUGAAGCCGCAUUUGACAAGACACCUGAGGGUUCCAAGCUGCGCGGCUAUGCAGUCCACGGGAUCGUGUAUGCAUUGAAUCGCGGUCAACAAGUUGGAGAUAUUGGUUGGCCUGCUGAUGAAGUUCAGAAAUUGAUUACGGCGUAUCCCGAUUUCGGUACCCAAUUUGUCGCUUUGAAUCAAUUCGGGUCUGUUGCGCAAAGUACGGAUCCUCGAACUUGCUUCGAUGAGCCAUCUGUUGAAACUUGGUUAGAAAGAGCACAAUUGUAG